AUACCAAGAGAAAUCGUGCGUGAUUUUUCCAUCGCAAAGUUCGCAGCGAGUCCAUAGUCCGCACGGGAUAACAAUUGGGUCGUCUGCGUCAUCUAGGCCGGGGAAGACAGGCGACAGACAACAUCAACCAUGGCUGAGGAGGAAAUUCUGUUUGAAGGUCAAAUGGCCGACGUCAACACAAAAGAAGACGGCCAGGAGACUAAUAACGUAAUGAAAGCUGCUGCCAAUGACGGAGGAAAUGUAGACGAUGUUGGAGGUGACCAAGUGUUUGAACCUGUGACCAGUGAUGGGCAGACGACAGAGGAAGAAACUCCUAGCAGACAAGAAGUUAGCUCUGGUGACCUGGCCCCAGAGGACGAAGGGAGUAUGGUCAUAGUAGAAGAAGGAGAGAUCCCAGAAAAUGGUGCCAUCAAUGAGCAGACGACAAGGGAAGGAAUCAACCAAGAGACCGAACGUAGCGAAGAAAGUCAUGAUGAAGGAUUUGAAGAGAUAGCCACGGCAACUACUGAAGAGGGCAAUCUAGCUGGUUCGAAUGGAAAUCUAGGAAAAGAUGGAAUUACUCCAGGAGCUGAUGGUGGGGAGAGCCAGGAAGGAAGUGUUGUGAAGGUCAAUGACGGAACGGUUGAGCAGAGUGACGAUUUUGGAAAGUCCAUGGACACAAGCAUGGAGAUCAUUGAGAUGAAUGAGGCCAAAGAUGAGGAUGAGGUCAUUUCCUUGGAAACCCUACCGACCUCUGACGACGCCAAGGUCAAAGACAUCCAAACUCAGUUACAGGAAACGAUUCUGCUCCUUCAGGUCAUCAAGACUUUAGCCCUCGUUGGAAAAUAUUUACGCAUCACUACAAACGCUACAGCAGACGAUGCUAGCUUGCUCAUCAACCAGCAGGGGUCGUUGUUCGAAACUUUAAAACUCUGCGACACUUUGUCCCUCAUGAUGCAAAGUUUCCAAAGUGGCGCAAACAACAUUUUAGAGAAGUUGAAGAUAGCCUAUCUGUAUCUUCUGGAUGGAUUUCCUGAUUUCGCUAUGACGGACAUUGCUGCAAUUGCCAAGGAUGUGGACACAAUGAAGACAGCUGUUGGGAAGACGCAAAAGAAGGUCACAGAGAUGAGGAAAAAGGUCAAAGAGAUGAAAUCCCAAGUUGAAAAAGCAUUGGAAAAACGACAGUCGAAACUUGAGAGUGCGGAGAAGGAACUUGCAGAGCUAAUGAGUGGAGGUAGUAGUGAAACAGAUCCACAAUCACCCAAAACAACCCAAAUAUGUGUUUUUGAUAGAUCAAUUCAAUGUGUUCUGCGAACAGCUGUUGCGGUUAGCGUGUUCGUUGGACUAGGCAUAACACGAAAGCUACGACUCCUUGAAAUAUUACGAUACAUGACAUCAAUUAAAGUUGUUGUUUGGAUCCUGCAAAAAGGAAUUGACGUCGUGACAGUUUUCCCGAACUGUUCCCUUAGAUCAAAUUGUCUAGACGUCCUCAAAUGGUUCAAAGAGGGAAUUCCUGAAGAGGUACCGUCCAAUGAAUCUGUCACGCAUGCAAUACUUGGUGAGGAUAACGCUUCUCUCAGGCAGAGAUCAGUUGGGAUGACGCAGAAGGUCACAGAGAUGAGAAACAAGGUCCAAGAGGCACCGAGCAACAUUGAAGCUGGAGCCAAAAUGUCACCAACCACUUCAAAGGCAGCUUUUGAGGUAGCCAUGGAAAUUUCCAGUCUUAAGGACGAUAUCCAGAAAUAUAAAGAAGUCGUCCACAGAGUGAAACUGGUCCUUACGAUUAUUGAACAGACGGACCCACUUUUAGACAGCGUUGAGAGCAUUUUGCUGACAUCCACGGACCUGGUGCAGAAGUGGUACAAGGAAUGUGCCGACAUCGUUGAGCCGAGCAUGGCUUUGACGGUGAAGGCAGCAGAGAAGCUUGGUGAGGAGGAGAAAAUGAAGUAUUGGAAGUCGAUACAGUUUCAGCAAGAGGUGGUCACGUACUAUUGCAGAUGGCGCGCCCUUCAGGUCUACUGCGAAACAAACAGAAGUCAUCUUCGCCAGGUUCGCAAAGCAGUAGAAGAGUAUUACACCGAGAACAUGCUUCCGCGCGACGCUGUAAAGUUCAGUUGGGAACUUGCGAGCAGAGAAUCCGACCCAUCAAUUCAGGCGAUAUGCGGUCAACACCAGGAUGACCAAGAGCUUCGCGGUGAUGCUGGCAGCUUUGUUUCUCAGGUUGGACUGGUCAGAGCAAGUGCCCCAUUCUAGACCAAAUGCAAUUCGGGUUCUGCUCUUGGCACAUGUAUCCCAGACAGCUGUAUUGAUAAAUGCACUCAUGAUGUGGUUUUCCGAAGAUGAUGCCUGGAAUAAGCACAGCGUACAAGCAUGCAGUGCUACACAUACAGAGAGAUUUUUGUUGUUGUUUUUUUAUGCAGGGUUGUCGAAUAUACCACUCUGAUAUGUUUUUGUGAUUACAGCACGGUUCGAAUAAAUCAACUUCCAAGUGUUUCGAUGUAUUAAA